GUGUGUGUGUGUGUGUGUGUGUGUGUGUAUGGACAUAAACUAGGACUGGGACGUGAUCCGUAAAGUUUAUUCUCUUUAGUUAGUCGCCUUUAUUUUAGUGUUGUUUAGUUUCUUCACGACCGUUAAGGAGAUGAAUGAUGAGUGAACGUGACGGCAGCAGCAGUGAGGAUGAAAACACAGACAGGAUUAAAGAGGCGGUGUGGAGUUUUGGAUCUGAAACAGACAUUACAGCAGGUGAUGGAGGGAAACACACACACAGUAAAAGACUGAAAGUGUCUGAACACGAACACCACGGAAACCAGCUGAGAACUACACCAGAGUUUCGCUCUCACGUCGCUAAGAAGCUUGGAGCCAUGCUGGACAGUGUGAUCUGUGAGGUUUUCAGAGAGAAUCCAGACUGUAAACCUGCGCUGUGUGAACACACACAGGAUGAAACUGAUGAUGGUUUCCGACUUUUCUCCACAUCACUUCCUGGUAACUGGAGGGAGGAGUCCAAACAGGCCCCGCCUCCUAAACGUAGACCAGCACCCAGCUCCAGUGACAGUGACAGUGAGAUGGAGUCGAGGCUGAGGGAAGCGGCAGUGUCUGUAUCAGACCUGCUUCCUUCCUCCUCCACAGAGAGACGACAGGAGGACGAGAGGACAGAUGUUGGAGCGAGGGAUGAGGAGAGUGCGGAACCGAAGAAAAAGAAGAAGAAGAAGAAAAGGAAAGCUGAGCCAGAGAGGGAGGAGAAUGACUCAACAGCACUGUGUGAUGGAGGUGUCAGUCAGGAAGAGGGCAGAGAGAAGAAGAAGAAGAAGAAGAAGAAGAAGAAGGUUAAAGAGUGAGAGUGUGAUGUCAUUUAUCUGUUUCUGCUUGUUUCAUGUUAACCACAGUUUGUUCUCGUUUCAUGUUUUUUUUUAUAAAUAAAUACUCUAAAUGUA